UGUUAACCACAUAGACAAGAGAGACGAAUUAAGCGAAACGCAGCGAAUCUAAACAAAAAAAACGGCAACAAAAUGAAUUGUCUUUGCCGACCAUCGCGGAUUAUGUCCGUGCGCAUUAAUUUGCUAGACGAGACCGACUUUAUACACGAGAUCAAGGAUGAUUUGCCCGGCCAGGCUCUGCUGGAUGUCGUCUUUGCCAGGCUCAAUUUAAUCGAGACUUCAUACUUUGGCAUACGCUACAUUGACGAGGAGAAUCAAACGCACUGGCUGGAUCCUGCGUCACGAAUAUCUCGUCAAUUGAAGCCCAAAUCAGAUCCAUACGAUUUGUAUUUUGGAGUUAAAUUUUAUGCUGCCGAUCCGUGUAAACUGUUGGAGGAAAUAACCAGAUAUCAACUUUUCCUUCAAGUCAAACAGGAUGUUUUGCAGGGACGUUUGCCGGUAGCCUUUGAAUUGGCCGCAGAGCUGGGAGCCUUUGUGGUUCAAUCUGAAUUGGGUGAUUAUGAUCAGAGACGUCAUUCCAAGGGAUAUGUAUCGGAAUUUCGAUUGCUGCCCAAUCAGAGCAGUGAACUGGAAUCACGUGUCUCGGAGCUCCAUCAGCAGCUCAAGGGCAUGUCGCCGUCGAGUGCCGAGUUGAACUAUUUGGAUAAAGUCAAAUGGCAUGAUAUGUAUGGUGUUGAUUUGCAUCCCGUGCUGGGCGAGGAUAGCGUGGAAUACUUUCUGGGCCUGACGCCAAGCGGAAUUGUUGUGCUGCGCAACAAGACGACGGUGGCUCAUUACUAUUGGCCGCGCAUUGCCAAAGUUUAUUAUAAAGGACGCUAUUUUAUGCUCAGGAUAAGCGAUAAAAAUAAUGAGCUAAGCACUUAUGGCUUUGAAACUCCACGCAAAUCGGCGUGCAAACAUUUGUGGAGAUGCUGUGUGGAGCACCAUGCGUUCUUUAGACAAGUGCGCGUCGCCCCGUUGCCCAAUUCGCAAUCGCAUGCCACCGAUUUAUUUCAGCUGGGCUCCCGCUUCAGGCACAGUCGUACGGAUAAGCAGACGGAGAAGGAUGCACUUGCCGCUGGACGACCGUCGCCCGCUUUUACCCGUGUGCCCUCCAAGCGUCAGCCCAGACGCGUGAUUGAUGACUUUUUCAACAGCAAUAGAGCGAACGGUGGCGUAGGAGGCGUUACCAACAGCAUCCUCAACAGGCCUUUGCCGCAACCUCAGCUUCAGGUCCAGAGUCCGCAGAAUCAGUCCCAUCAUCAGCUGCCGGGGCUGGCCCACAUCUCCAACUCGAAUGCCAACAACUAUGACAGUCCCUACCGGUCGACAUACAGUAUACCGACCAGUCUGGGUGUGCGUCCCUGCCACAGCCAGCAGCAGAACAACAACUCCAGCAGCUACAACAACAAUGGAGGCGGCAGCAGCUUACAGACACCUGACUCGCCACGCAGUACACGCAGCGCACCCUGGCCAAGAUCGCAGCAGCGUUCACUAUUUGGCCACAAUCCAUCGAGUCCACGUUCGGUUCGCUCGGUCAGCACAGCGGGCGGUGGUCUGCAUCAUCAUCAUCAUCACCAUCAUAGCCAUGGCCAUGGGACCAGCCAUCAUCCACAUCAGCAAUCGUCGUCAUCGUCGUCGCAUCAUCAUCAUCAGCGACAACAACGAGCCAGCUCCUCAUCCGCCUCCCAUCAGCAGCAACGCUAUCGCUCCAGCUCAGUGGAGAGUCAUUCGUCAAACGAUUCGAGAUCCACACGAAGACACAAGCAACGUCAUCGCAGGACUUCAGAUAAUGAGAGUGAGCUGUCACGUGGCUCGGGACGUUCUGGCCGCUCGCAUCAUCGCAAGCAUCGGCGUUCACAUCGGCACAGGCGAGACUCUGCCGGUGGCUCGGAUCAUGACAGCACACGUGGACGCAGCUACUCCGGCCAUCGCAGCUCGUCCAUGCGCAGUGGCAGUGCCGAGCUUAUUGACUCGACCACCCAAUGGCGCGAGGUUCAACGACGACAGGCGGAGGCCAGUCUCGGUCAGAGUUCUGUUCAGCAAGCAGCCGUAUCCAAGAGCAGCAUGGUGGCCCGCAGUCUGCACAGUAAUGAUAGUCAUUCGGACACUCACUCCCAUCACAAGUCACGAAGGCACCGCAAGAAUAAAUCCCCAUCGGAGUCGCGCAGUCGCAUGUGGAACAGCGAACUGGCCAAGCAUCUACAAUUUGAUCUGGUCGACACAGAAGGUAUGUCCGAGCAGCAGCUUAGGGAAAUCCCUUACACGGUGGUUGAGACCACCACAUCGAAACGAACGAACUCCAAUCUGAAGAUUCAUAAGAGCAGCAGCAAGAAUAGUGUUGGCGCCAAGAGCACGGGCUCUGGCAACACCAUUACCAAUGGCAGCGGUUCAGCGAGCACUGGACAGGCCAGGAAUCGUGUCGAUCGGAUUAGGGGACUCUACUACCAAAGCUCUCAUCCGAAUGAUAGCAACAAUGGUGGACCUGGCACUGGCACUGGCAGUGGCAGUGCAGGAAGUGCACCCAAAAAUGGUUCAAUUCGGUCGGCCAGCACCAUAUCAUCUCGGGAAUGUGAACGAAACAGUGGACUGGUGAGAAUGAUGUCAAGCAUGAGUAUGGGUGAUUUUAUCUCACCCACUGGCUCAAAUCUGAGUCCAUUGGAGAACUCAGCGUUACGUGUAUCGCAUGAGCACACUGAUUCGGGUCUGGGUGCUGAUCAGGAUUAUGCCUAUUCGUCGGAAAGAUCCAGUGAUAGUACACGCUAUGGCACUAACAAAUCCUCAGGAGCUUCGAGUGGUUCGCAUACGCGCAAGUCCGCGGGAAGUGCCGCCAAUGGAGCCGGUGGCAGUGGCAAUGGUGGCUACAAUAGCCUCAUGCAACAGACUGUGAGUAAUCAGCAGCAGAAUCAACAACGUUCCCUAUUCGCACAGCAACAACGCCAACAACAACAACAACAACAACAACCACACCACCCGAAGACCAAUUAUAAAUACGCAUCCUCGUCCACUAAUCCCACAAUAAUAAACAACAACAAUUCGGGCCUAGCUCCAGUGCACAGCAGUGCCUCAUCCUCAUCCUCCACUAACAAUCCAACUAAUCCCACACAAUCGCCGGCCGCUGGCAAUCGCCUGCUCAAUUAUACAACCUUUGAGAAUAACCAAUACAAGUUCAGUUUGAACAAUGCCCUGGGCAAAGGCUCAGCCAGUGGCAGUAGCAGCAAUCUUACGGGUAAUGGUGCUAAUGGUGGUGGUGCUUUCAGUAGACAACGCAGCUUUGUGGAGUGGCCCAGCAAUCCGGCUGCUCCUUAUUAUUACCAGGGUCCCUCUUCAGCAGCGGCACAUGUAAAGAGGCGCGAUGCCAAAUCGGAUAUUGGUGUGCCCACGCGUCGACUUUCGGGCCAGAGUUUGACCAAGACGCAGCUCCUCACUGGUGGCAAUCUUUCUAGUGGUGGUAAUGGUGGUGGUAGUCUGGGGGGUGGGGCCCAGUUGGCCAAUGCUAGCGGCUGCUAUCCCCUGCACUAUGCCAGCAGUAAUGUAACUGGCUAUCAUCGAGCUUUGGGUCAACGAUCGGGAAUGGGUGUAUCAUCAACUGCAGGAGGAGGAGGAGGCGGCUUUAGCGGCAGUUAUGGCUUACAGCCAGCCAAAUCUGAUCUCUUCUUGUCCUACAUUCAUGGCGGUGAAUAUGAACGACCCUACAUUUACAACUACAAGAUGCCGCAGAUGCCAUCAGGCAGUGGCAAUGGCAGUGGCAAUGGAUCACCCAAGAGGCAGCAGCAGCAACAGCCGCCAACUGCUACCGCGUAUCACAUCUCUGGCUGCCAAACAGCCGAUCCCCCACCAUUAUAUGGCGGCUCAGCUCCCGCCAAUGAUGUCAUGUACUAUCAGUUUGACAAAGGAGCCGCCGUCAGUGGUGGCGUUGGUGGUGCUGCUGGUGGUGGUGGCCAAGGCAAUGCUGCAGCAACAGCAACUACAGUGACGCCGCCCAUUGUAAAACAGCCACAGUCGGUGGCUGGCGGGCCAUUAGUCUAUCUGCAACAUGGCCAGAAUGUUGCGCCAUCCAAUGUCACCUCAACCCAGCAAACUAUGCACUGCCAAGCGUCCCAGUCGGGCAGCGAGGAGGAUGAGGCCAUGAUUGUAUUGGAAGCCAUGCAACAGGAUGCACAAACAACUAAUGACGAAGCCGACGAAGAUUCUGAUGAGGAGGCUGCCGAGGCAGAGGACAUGUUUGAUGCCGAUGCACCUUUGAUGUCACCCACUGGCAGUAACAAUAGCAGCAGCAACAACAACAACAACAACAGCAGCAGCAGCAACCACAACCACAAUAAUGGAAGUCAUCGUACAGCAGCUCCUCUCAACAAUAUUAAUCUCGAUAAUUGCAAUGCGAAUGUUGUCUAUUGCGGUCAGCAAGUACAACCAAUUACCGCAGCCAACCAAACGUUAAAUUGUCCCACACUGAAUGCAAAUACCAAUACCAAUACCAAUACAAAUACCAAUAGCAAUAGCAAUAGCAAUACAAAUACCAAUUGCAAUUCCAAUGCAAAUGUCAAUGCACCACCACCAAAUAGUGACCCUCAAUGUAACAACCCAACACCACCUGCAACAGCAGCCGUAGCAGCAACUGCAAUGAAUUUGCACUCGAAUUUGCAACAAAAUCCAAACAUUUCCUCCAGCUUAGAGAUAAUCCUAUCGCCAAUUAUCCAAAGUAGUCGACGAGCGCAAUUGUAAGCGAAAUGAGCACAGAAUUGUGAGAAUUAGCUAAAUUUAAUUUGCAAUAGCCAAAGCUCGUCCACAACCCAGUAACAGAUGCCUCUAAUCCACCUCCAACUGCAUUCUGCAAACUUUGGCUGC